AUUUUUAUUUCCACCUUAGUAUUACACAAUAUCUAGUUACAGGUUCAACAUGGCUCUCUCCAGUAUUUUUCCCGAGUCAUUAAAAGUAAGGGGUCGCUUCAUAAAGCGACAACUCUUCGAAGAGCCUCCGGCCAUAUCACGAAAUGAUGUCAACCUUCACGGCAAAACCGCCAUCGUUACAGGCUCCAAUACUGGACUCGGAUUUGAGUGCAGUCGUCAGCUCCUGAGUCUAGGGUUAAGCAAGCUGAUCCUAGCCGUGCGCGACAAGGCUAAAGGGGAGGCAGCUAAAAAGGAGUUGGUAGGCCAGAAUACAGAAGGGGUCGUCAUCGAGGUCUGGGAACUCGACCUCUCGGUAUACGAUUCUAUUCUGAAGUUUGUCGAACGAACGAAGACCCUCGAACGAAUAGACAUCGUCGUCCUCAACGCCAGCGUUGUCAAAUUUUCACUGCAACACAACCCGAACACCGGCCACGAUGAAGUCAUUCAAGUGAAUUGUUUAUCUACUUACCUUCUGACCAUAUUGCUGCUCCCAGUACUUAAAAAAAAGAAGGGGAACCAGUCACAGAACCCCAGUCGCUUAGUUAUCGUAACCUCUGACACUGUCGACUGGGCCAUCUUUAGGGAGAAAGAAGCAAGGCCCCUAUUGCCAGCCUUCGACAAGCCCGAGUACUUCGACGACCAAGAUCGCUAUCCUACCUCCAAGCUCCUCGGCCAACUCUUCUUGACAGAGCUAGUGAAGCGCGUGCCGCCGUCUGUAGCCAUCAUCAACGCGCCUAAUCCCGGGCUAUGCUACGGAACGGGGCUGAAUAAAGACGCGGAUGGUACCCUUACAGGCUUUAUCCUCCACCUGAUGUGUAGCAUCCUGGGCAGGUCCCCUGCUGUCGGCGCUCGUGCGAUCACUGACGCGGCUGUCAACCAUGGGGAGGAGUCUCAUGGCCGACGUCUGGAAUGCGGGCAGCUGUACGAUAUGCCACCGUUCAUAUACACACCCGAGGGCCAGCAGAUCGCACAGCUACUAUGGCAGGAGACGAUUGAUGAACUUUCUUUUGCGUGCGUUGGCGAGAUUAUCGACCGGGAACUCAGACAAUAA